ACCAACAGGCGACUAUGGCGGAAAAGUGGUGCUACGAAGCGAAUAAUAUUUGCCUUGCCUUGUGAAUUUAUUUUAGGAGUGUUGAACUAAGCAAAGCAGAUAAUUAGGCUUUCCCUGCCGGACUCCUUCGUAGAAAAACUACAAAACGAGCGGACUUAAUGUGUACAAUUUGUGGAAACAGAUGUAAGUUCUAGUAUUCAAUCCAGACUAGCUGAUUGCUUAAAAGUUGCCGAGGAAGGUGUGUGUUUGUGUGACUUCAUCGUUCAAAAUGAGCUCAGCACACGGUGGCAGAAGGAGACCGCUUACUAGGACAACGUCUUCUUCAGAAGACCAGGCCUUAAAUCAAAUUGCUCGUGAGGCAGAGGCACGUCUUGCAGCAAAAAGAGCAGCCAGAGCAGAGGCAAGGAGUAUUCGUCUGAAGGAGCUUGAAAGGCAACAAGAAGAAGGAGGAAAUGUUGAUGAUGAUGAACAGGCUUUAAAUGAGGAGCCACCCAUUCCACCUGCAAGAAAGAAGAAUCCAGUGGCAAGAUCAAUUUCUACAGGAUCUUCAAGCCUUAGCACUAUUCAAAGAGACCAGAGUAUAGACAUGAAUGGGCCAUUGGUGCCAGAGAAAGUUUUAAAAAGUCUUCAGGAAAACCUGAAAGAAAUUGAAGAUAAGUACAGAAAGGCAAUGGUUUCCAAUGCUCAGCUGGACAAUGAGAAGCAAGCACUACUGUAUCAAGUGGACUGUCUGAAAGACAGACUUGUUGAAGAGGAAGAGAUUUCAGGUGAAGUAAAAGCUGAAUUCAAAGAAAAAGCAAAGGAAUGCAGUAGAUUUGAAAAGACCAUAAAAAGCAAGGAAGAAGAAAUUCAACAACUCAAGGAAGCCAUUGAGUUUAGAGAUAAUUUCUUGGCGGAGCGAGGUCUUUCCUUGUACGAAGAUCAGGUUCUGAAGGAUGGUGAGGAUGAUGAAACUAGCACAGUUAGUUUAAGGGAUGCUCUCAGUUUGGCUGUGCCUGAUGAAACAUCUUCAGAUCGAAGCAGUGUAUCUGAACCACUAAAGAGUCGUUCAAACAGUCGGCGGCCAUCUUUGUCAGAUGAAAAGGAUGUUUUAGUUUUACAGAUAAAGAAUCUUCAAACAGAAGUAGCAUCUCUGAAGAGAGAAGAUAUUGAGACACCCAAAGCAAUCACGGCUGAUUUAGAAGAACUUAGAAGAGAAUUUAGUAGGCAAAUAAAUGAUUUCAAAAUAAAGCUGCAAAAAGCAGAGCAGGACAAUGCGCGGCUUGAAGGACUUGUGGCGAGACUGGAAAGUCAAGUGAAGCGUUACAAGACUCAGGCGGAGGCCGCGGAAGCGACGGAGGAUUCUCUUAAAGCUGAAAAAAGAAAGUUGCAAAGAGAGCUUCGUAAAGCUCAAGAUGAAAUAGGCGAAUUACAGACCGUUAACGAUCACCUUCAGAAGAGAUUCGAUAAACUAAAGAGCAAAAGAAAAGAUGACACGUAGUGCAUGUAGAUAUAGUUUUGUUACUAAUUCAGGGAACAUUUGUAUGUCGAAUUCAAUGAACAGAACCGACAUAUCCAGUUUGAUCUGAGGCGAACAGGCCUGUUUGUGCAAUAAAACAACAUCGGUCGUUAUCACUUCCCGAUGAGUUUUGCCGUCAUUAACUGUCACUGUCAUUGUUAUAGUUUGUCUGAUUGGCUGGAAAUAGUUAACAAAGUGCCUCAGAAGGUUAACAAAAUAGCAGAGACAGUGAUUGAUGAAAAAUGACACCUGAGAGUACCAUAGAAGAUAAUUUUAUAUGCGCGAGGUUAUUUUAUAUUUUCCAACGUGAGAUAGACGCAUUUUCGUAAGGGAAUGUUUAAUAACUCGAGGGAAUGGUGUGGAAAACGUAAUGCCGUUUGUGGCUUACUUACUUAUGACUUGCAGACCAUAUUAGUAGAUAUGAAGCUAUUUUUCCACAAAUAGUUUCCUUUCAGUUAAAUAGGAACACAAUGCCUUUUGAACUGGCUUUAACAGCAUUUUGAUCGCUUUCAAUGCGCAGUAGUCAAUAAACCUGGUAUUCAAGCCAAAGUA